UUUAUUUAAGAUUGGGCUCGAUUUGCUGUGUUAAUCGCACAAUAAGAAGUUACGGCGAAGUUCCGCUCUAUCGCCCACCUCAAAUCCAUUCCUCACGCCUCCGGUUAUUUUUGAGCUCCCAGCACCUCGGAAAUGUCCGAUCACUUAUUGAGCUACAAAUUUGUGUAGCUGCUUCGUUCGGGUGUGGCGAGAGGGCGCCGUCGUUUGCCCCGACUGCGACGGUGGGUUUCUCGAGGAAGUGGGCGCUCCCCCCUCCUCAUCGCCUCCUGUAUCCCUCCGCCGCCGGAUCUCAUUCGCCACUGCAUACGUCGACCUCAGCACCGGCGGUUCUGCGAUGGCUUCCCGCCCCCUACGGACCUCCGAGGUCAGAUUCCGUAGGAACCGCCGCGGUUCGGCUGGUCAGCGGUCCCCUUUCAAUCCCGUUAUCCUCCUCCGCAGCCCGUCCAACGGGCGUCACGUUGCAAAUGCAGCCGCUAUCACUAACAGCUUCGAGCUUUACUACGAUGACGGCACCGGGUCGGGUCUCCGCCCCUUGUCGGAAAGCAUUUCGGAUUUCCUAAUGGGGUCGGGCUUUGACCGCCUCCUGGAACAGCUCGCGCAGAUCGAGAUUAACGGUAUCGGUGAUGAGAGGGGAUGCGAGCAUCCACCCGCGUCAAAGGCCGCAAUAGAAUCGAUGCCUUCCAUAGAGAUAGUCGAUGACCACAUUGAGAAAGACUGCCAUUGUACCAUCUGCAUGGAGCCGUUCGAGCUUGGGUCUGAGACCCGGGAGAUGCCCUGCCAGCACAUUUAUCAUCAGGAUUGCAUUUUGCGUUGGCUUUCUCUUCGGAAUUCGUGCCCUGUUUGCCGCCUUGAGAUGCCAAGGGAUGCGUCGGCAAGGGAGGCAACAGAGUCUGUUGGCGAUGCCACCGCCCGCAACGAUAUGGAGACUGUUGGACUAAGAAUAUGGAGGCUUCCUGGUGGAGGCUUUGCAGUGGGGAGAUUUGCAGGGGGUACAAGACCUGGGGAACGAGAAUUUCCUGUUGUGUACACUGAGAUGGAUGGUGGAUUCAACAACGAUGGAGCACCUAGAAGGAUCUCAUGGACUUCAAGGAGCAAUAGGUCAAGAGAGAGUUGGGGGAUCUUACGGGCAGUUACCAACUUCUUCUCAUUCUUUAGGCUUUCGCGAUCAAAUUCUACUUCCUCAAGGCGAAGGUUGGAAACUAAUGCUGUAUCUGCAGAUAGGCAUCACAGAAGCUCAACUUUCAGGAGUCGUUAAGCUUGAUGGUGGUAUGCAAAAUUUGGUGAUUUUAACAUAUGUUUCAUUGUAAAUAGUCGAUAUGCAAAAAUGUUGCAGAAAUUUCUGAUUUGCAUGUGCCUAAACAUAUCUUAAUUCCUUAGAAUAGUUCUACUGAUAUCUUCCUGGAAGAAGAAACGUUCUCUCGACAACUGAUAAACAGAAUCCUUUUAUGGAUUAUCUUAGCAUUUGUUUGUUCAGAAAAAUAUUGAUGAUGGUAAUGUUUUUUAUUGAAACGCAAUGAUAAAUCAUAUUCUUUCUUGUAGA